CGAAAACUGAGUGGGCGCCGUGUACGUGUGGGACCCACCUCGCAUUCUCCGACGAAAACAAAAAGAAAGAUAUACCCGUCUCCUCUUCCAUAUUCACCGUUUUUAAACAAAAAACAGUUCAUCAUUCCUCCCCAAUCAAAACUCUCUCGAUUCUCUCUCUCUCGAAAGUUUCUCACUUUUUUCAAGUUUUUUUUUCUUUUUAUAAUAAUUUGAAAUUCGAUGCCAGUUAAUGGGUUCGUCUCCGUCAUCGCUUAAUAAGUCUCCGUUUAGAGCAGACAGUAUGGUAACACCAGAAUCUCCCACCAAAGAUAACUCAGCUCCGAUGACUGUCAAGCCGGAGAAAAACGACGCCGUCUCGAUCGUUUCUAAUGUAUCGCAGUCGUCUCCUGCCAAGAAAAGCUUCGAAUCGCCAAGAAAGAGUACCUCGAUUCCGGUGGUUUCUCCGGCGAAUAAUAAUUCCACUCCUGUCAAAUCUCGGUGGUCGUUUUCUUCUUCUAAGAAAAGCUUUGGGAGUAAAGAUGAAGCCUUUUUCGAUUCUCAGCAAUGGCUACAAUCCGACUCCGACGAUGAUUUUCAUAGCGUCAAUGGCGAUUUCACUCCAUCGCGUGGAAACACUCCUAAGAGCAGCUUUUCGGAUAGGCCUCCUCGUUUCAACAACCUUAUAUUCCAAGAGAAGAAUCCUUCUCGUGGCUCUUCUCCAGCGCCAAAACCGAGGAGGAAGAAGCUUGGUGAGCUUUUCAGAGACAGUAUAAGAGAAGAACGAGAGGAAAGCUCUGGUGGGUCAUCAUCUCUAAGCUCUCCUUAUGAUCUCUCAGGUGCGAACUCAGGCGAAUUCAACAAUGCCGCCAUUGAAGAUGCUGGUGUGAAGGAAGAGAAGAAGAAGUCUAACUGGCAUCAUCGUCGUUGUCUUCCUGGUUUGUCUUCAUGUGGUGGAAGUUUCAUGGAGAGGAGGAAGAAGAUGAGCUCUGAAACCGCGGUUGUCGCUGUGAAAUGAGAUGUACAGAAUAAUGUUUUAUAUAUAUGAAAGAAUGGGAAAAGAGAUCUCAGAGUAGAAAAACUCUUGGUGAAUCUUACAGUAACUUCACUUGCUGUGAUGAGAAGAAAACUGAAUGCGAUAGUUGAAGAGAUCAUGUAAAAAAAUAUGAGAUGUUCAGGUGUGUUGAUGAAAGUUAUAUGACUUUUGGAUCUUUGCUUUGGCUCAUGAAGUUUCAAGAAGUGAUUCAUUGUUUCUUUACAUCAAAUUGUGUGAUAGAAUGUUGUAACAACAUGAACAAAAAAAAUGAUCAAAAUCAAGUAAAAAAGCAUUCUUAAUCAAUAGUCGCAGCUAUCACUACAAAAUAAAUUUAUCAAAUUUUAGCAAAAUUUUGUAGUUUAUGACAAAAUACCAGUCCCAAAAUUGAAAAGAAAUUCAUAAUGUUAACGGAUAAACCUAAAUGUAUUUGAGUAAAUCCAUUUUGUGGAUAAGUGAUAGUUUUUCAAGAAUAG